UCGCUUUGUUUUCAGCAAGUUAAGGUUGCACCUCUACUACGGAAUAAUGCAGGGUAUUCAACAAGAGCGCAGGAAACAUCUGUAUGGAUUGUUUCAUUACAACCCAACGAUGCUUGGACUUGAAUUGCUUCCAGAUCCCACAGAUACCUGGGAAAUUAUCGAGACCAUAGGUAAAGGCACCUACGGCAAGGUCUAUAAAGUGAACAACAAGAGAGAUGGGAGCUUGGCUGCGGUAAAAAUUCUGGAUCUAAUCAGUGAUAUGGAUGAAGAGAUUGAGGCAGAAUACAACAUUUUGCAGUUUCUUCCUAAUCAUCCCAAUGUUGUAAAGUUUUAUGGGAUGUUUUACAAAGUGGAUCAGUAUGUGGGAGGACAGCUGUGGCUCGUCCUGGAGCUGUGUAACGGGGGCUCAGUCACUGAGCUUGUCAAAGGUCUACUCAGGUGUGGCCAGCAGCUGGAUGAAGCAAUGAUUUCCUACAUCCUAUAUGGGGCCCUCUUGGGCCUUCAGCAUUUGCACAGUAACCGAAUCAUCCACCGUGAUGUCAAGGGGAAUAACAUUCUUCUGACAACAGAAGGAGGAGUUAAGCUCGUUGACUUUGGUGUCUCAGCUCAACUCACCAGUACGCGUCUACGGAGAAACACAUCUGUGGGCACCCCAUUCUGGAUGGCCCCUGAGGUCAUUGCUUGUGAGCAGCAGUUCGAGUCCUCCUAUGACGCCCGCUGUGACGUCUGGUCCCUGGGGAUCACAGCUAUCGAGCUGGGGGAUGGAGACCCUCCCCUCUUCGACACGCAUCCUGUGAAAACACUCUUUAAGAUUCCAAGAAAUCCUCCACCUACUUUACUUCAUCCGGAGAAAUGGUGUGAGGAGUUCAACCACUUUAUUGCACAGUGUCUUAUUAAGGAUUUUGAAAGGCGGCCUUCAGUCACACAUCUCCUCCGACAUCCAUUUAUUAAAGGAGUCCAUGGGAACGCUUUGUUUCUGCAAAAACAGCUGGCUGAGGUUCUUCAAGACCAGAAGCGUCUAAACCCUGCUGUUAAAACCAGGUAUGAAAGAAUGCAAACCAGAAGAACCUAUCAUGUGCAAGAUGUUGAAAAAUACUGCCUUGAGGAUGAUUUGGUCAAUCUAGAGGUUUUGGAUGAGGAUACAAUUGUUCAUCACUUGCAGAAGCGUUAUGUGGACUUGCUGAUUUACACAUAUGUUGGAGACAUCUUAAUUGCCUUAAACCCUUUCCAGAAUCUAAGUAUAUACUCUCCACAGUUUUCCAGACUUUAUCAUGGGGUGAAACGUGCCUCAAACCCCCCCCACAUAUUUGCAUCAGCAGAUGCUGCUUACCAAUGCAUGGUUACCUUCAGCAAAGACCAGUGCAUUGUCAUCAGCGGAGAGAGCGGCUCUGGGAAGACAGAAAGCACCCACCUGAUUGUUCAGCAUUUGACUUUCUUGGGAAAGGCCAAUAAUCAGACCUUGAGGGAGAAAAUUCUGCAAGUCAACUCCCUGGUGGAAGCCUUUGGAAACGCAUGCACUGCCAUCAACGACAACUCCAGCCGUUUUGGAAAAUACCUGGAAAUGAUGUUUACACCAACCGGAGCUGUGAUGGGAGCAAGAAUCUCUGAAUAUCUUCUUGAAAAAUCCAGAGUCAUAAAACAGGCAGUGGGAGAGAAAAAUUUUCACAUAUUUUACUAUAUUUAUGCUGGUCUUUAUCACCAAAAGAAACUUCCUGAGUUCAGACUUCCUGAGAAAAAGCCUCCUAGGUACAUAGCUGAUGAGACUGGAAGGGUGAUGCAUGAUGUAACUUCCAAGGAGUCUUACAGAAGACAAUUUGAAGCAAUUCAGCAUUGCUUCAGGAUUAUAGGUUUCACUGAGAAGGAGGUGUACUCAGUGUACAGAAUUUUGGCUGGGAUUUUGAACAUUGGAAACCUUGAGUUUGCAGCUAUCUCCUCUCAACAUCAAACUGAUAAAAGUGAGGUGCCCAGUGCUGAAGCUUUGGAAAGUGCUGCCUCUGUUCUCUGCAUCAGCCCCAAGGAGCUCCAGGAGGCCCUCACCUCACACUGCGUGGUCACUCGGGGUGAGACCAUCAUCCGCGCCAACACUGUCGACAGGGCGGCAGAUGUCCGGGAUGCCAUGUCCAAAGCCCUGUAUGGGAGGCUCUUCAGCUGGAUCAUAAAUCGCAUCAAUACACUCCUGCAGCCAGACAGAAACAUAUGUAGAGCAGGUGAUGGUAUGAAUGUGGGGAUCUUGGAUAUUUUUGGAUUCGAGAACUUCGAGAGAAAUUCGUUUGAGCAGCUCUGCAUAAACAUCGCCAAUGAGCAAAUCCAGUACUAUUUCAAUCAGCAUGUUUUUGCUCUAGAGCAGAUGGAAUAUCAGAAUGAGGGCAUCGACACUGCACCUGUUAAAUACGAGGACAAUCGGCUGCUCCUGGACAUGUUCCUCCAGAAACCCCUGGGACUGCUUGCACUUUUGGAUGAGGAAAGUCGAUUUCCCCAAGCAACUGAUCAGACCCUGGUUGAUAAAUUCGAGGAUAAUCUACGAUGCAAAUACUUGUGGAGGCCCAAAGGAGAGGAGCUGUGCUUCGGAAUUCAGCACUCAGCGGGACAGGUAUUAUAUGAUGCUUCUGGGGUUCUUGAGAAAAACAGAGAUACUCUCCCUGCUGAUGUGGUUGUAGUCCUGAGAACAUCAGAGAACAAGCUUCUUCAGCAGCUCUUCUCAAUCCCUUUGACCAAAACAGGUAACUUUGCCCAGACAAGAGCCAGGAUACCAGCGUCCUCAAGGCCUUUACCUCCGCCUCUCAGUGCUGGGAGAGCCAAGGUAGACUCUCUGGAGGUCACACAGCAUCCCGAAGAAGCCACCAGCAUGAAGAGGCAGACCGUGGCUUCUUAUUUCCGGUAUUCCCUGAUGGAUCUGCUCUCCAAAAUGGUGGUCGGACAGCCCCACUUUGUGCGCUGCAUUAAACCCAAUGAUGCCCGAGAGGCCCUGAACUUCUCCCGAGAGAGGGUGCUGGCCCAGCUCCGCUCCACGGGAAUCCUGGAGACAGUCAGCAUCCGUCGGCAGGGGUACUCCCACCGCAUCCUCUUUGCAGAGUUUGUGAAAAGGUAUUAUUACUUGGCAUUCAGAGCACACCAAACACCUCUUGCUACCAAAGAGAGCUGUGUUGCUAUCUUGGAAAAAUCCAGAUUAGACAACUGGGCACUGGGAAAAACAAAGGUUUUUCUCAAAUACUACCAUGUUGAGCAAUUAAAUUUGUUACUGCGAGAAGUUAUAGGCAGAGUGGUUGUGCUGCAGGCAUAUGCCAAGGGGUGGCUUGGAGCCAGGAAAUACAAAAGAGUCCGAGAGAAGAGAGAAAAAGGGGCUAUUGCCAUACAGUCAGCCUGGAGAGGAUAUGAUGCUCAGAGGAAAUUUAAGAAAAUAAACAACAGAAGGAGUGAGUCAGCUGUUCAUAUUCAAGCAGUUCUGAGCAUCUCUGUAGAUCACAAAAGUAGUCCACAAGCAGAAUCCAACAAUGGCCAGUCAGAAACUUCAAGCAACCCCCCUGCUGCUAUUGAGAAAAAGUGGCACUCACAAGCCCAGAGUUCUCCAAAAAUGUGUGAUGUCUUCGCAGGACAUCCAAAUAAGCACUUAGUUUCUGGGAUGGAUUCGCUGUCUUCGCAGACAUGCCAUGCUGCUGCAGACUGCCCAGGACUGAGCCCAUCGAGGGAAGCCCCUGCAGAUCCUGGUUCAGAAAAUGGUCUUAUACAGAAGCAGCGAACAAGUCGCCGAAGAUGUCAGCAACCCAAAAUGUUGAGUAGCCCUGAGGACACCAUGUACUAUAACCAGUUAAAUGGAACUCUAGAAUAUCAAGGGAGCAAGAGGAAGCCAAGAAAACUUGGCCAAAUCAAAGUGCUUGAUGGGGAAGAUGAAUAUUAUAAAUCUCUGUCACCUGUGGACUCCCUCCCAGAGGAAGACAACUCAGCCAAUCCUUUCUUUGUUUCCUCAUCCUCAAAAGGAGCACCUUUUGCUAGGCACUGAGCUGUACUUCCUGUCCCACAGAUCUGUUGAGCGUAAGCACAGUCAUGGUAAUUGACUGACUGUCAGUUACUAAGAAAGCACUAUAAUGGGGUCAACUUCUUUGGACAUGUGGUCUGUACCGGAGCCUCACUGAACAAUUUUCAGAUUCCUAGCCAUUUUCUCAUACCAAUCUGCAGUGCAACAUGAGCUGGGAAGUUCUUCCCUUCCUAAUGCCAUGGGUCUCUGUGGGACACUGAGCACACUGCCACUGCAGCAAUAGCUGUCAUUUAUGCUCCCAACAUCUAAGAGGGUAACACACACAAUCUCAUCAUAAGAAUUGUGAAUGUUUAUAUUUCUUUAUUUUCCUUAAGUCAAUCCAUACAGAAUCUGCCCCUGUGAAAAUCCAGGAGUCUCUUCCUCCCCACCUCUCCACUGCAUCCUCCUUUCCCUUUGCUGUUCUUUCUACCUGCCUGCCUCUCCCCAUGGUCUGGGCUCCAUUGCUGAGGGUUCCCAUCCUGAAGAAGUGCAUUCAAGGUCUCCUAGGCCAGAAUAACUUUUAGUGUUUAGGGGGAAAGAACUAAAUCUUUCAGAUUUUUUUCUAUGAGAGAAUGAACCCUCUCUUGCUAAUUAUUAUGCUGAUAAAGAUUUGCCUCUUUAUUCCCAUCCACCCCCAUCACAUUAGCAAUAAAAAAAAAGAGAGAGAAAGAAAACUUGGACCUGUCAGAGUCCAUGCAGGUGGUUUAGUAACUCCAUUCUCUGGGAAGCUGGCUCCACUGGGCUGAAAAGGGCCAUAGGGGAAGGAUCUGGUCUUGUCCACCUGUGUGUGCACAGAGCUGGUGUAGUGCCUGGCACAGAUGGACAUCCAGUAAAUGCCGACUCUUGAAUGAAUGGAGAGGCAUUACUUAGUUACAGGAAAGUUACUUUCAAUUUUAUGUUAUACAGGACUAAUCACACUUUAAGCACCAUAAGCUCUGAUUUUUCCCUGGAAGUUGAGCUAGUCCUAUCAUAAUGAUGUCAUACCAUAUAUUGUAAUACUCAAUAUGAUUCAAUACAAAAUUUUUUUUGACUAACUACUCUAUGCAAUACAAUAUGUGAGGUUGCUGUGUGAUGUAAAAAACCCUACAACACCUUUUCUCUAGAACAGAUGUUCUCAACAUUUUUCAUACUCCAAAAUACUUGGCAGAUAUUACACAUGGGAAUACCCAGAUUUUGAGAAAAAAAAUCAGAGUUUUAACAAGGAGAAUUUUAAUAAGCAUUUUACAAAAAGGAAAUAAUGAAGUGUGACAUCAGAAAUUGUAAUUUUAUAAGAAAAAGAAAUAAAUAUAACCAAUUAUUCAAUAUUUAAACUUCUGUUUUUGAAAAAUGAGUCUUGAUUUUUUUCCCAGAUCUUCACUGCAGGCUAAUGUUUGUAAGGUUUGUUAGAGCAGAAAAAACACAAAUGAACUUUUUUUAUUGUUUAAAAAUUAAUAUCUAGGAUAUGUAGAUUUUUAACAUUGUUAUUAAGAUAAGUGUUUUUUGAAAUUUCACUUUUAUCAUUGAUUCAUCUACUUUUGAUUUGAUAAUAGCUGCUUUUCAAAUCGUUGGAUAGAAAAGUUCAUAACUUCCUACUUGUCUGUGUACAAAGUAAUUGUAUACCUGUCUUGUUUCUAAAAAAUGUAUCCACAAAUAAAGUUAAAAAGGAAAUAGAAGUGAUUAUAAAAUCAUACUUCCAAAGCUCUGCAACAAUUGGUCAUUACAGCUAUAACUCCUACCAGAACUUAAGAUAGAGUAUGCACUAUCAGCUAUGGCAUAGAUAAGACAGACUGUAGGUACUAUUCUUGGGCUAAUCAUAAUGCCACACAAUCAAAAAGCAAUUCUUAAAUCAAGUAGAGGAGAUGAUACAACCUGAGAUUUCAUAAAUGUCUUAUUAGAUUUAUCAAAGUGAUAUGCACAAGGCAAAAACAAAACAAAAUCAUAGUCCAGAGUGUUUAUAGUGGAAAGCAAUCUUCUUCUCCCUGUCCUAAUCUUAGUCCCUUCCCCAAGGAGCAGCCACUUUUUAUUCUAAUUCUAAUUAUUUUAAUGGUUUCCAUCAGGUCUCUGAAUAAUUUGCUUCUAUCUUCUUGAUAUAUCACUUUAAAUAAUAUCUACUUUCCCCAUCUAUGAAAGAGUUGCAUUUAUCUCAAUUCCACCUCCCCUCUCUUACUUCAUCCAGUGUUUAGAA